AUGAUUAAUAAUUAAAUUUAUUAACCGGUUGAAUUUGUAUAUUCAUAUACAAUAGGAGGAAAGGAAACAUAGUAUUUUUAAAUAUAGAAUUAAUUACCUUAAAAGAAGAGGAAUCUAACAGAGGAAGAAAGGAAAUAAAUUAAAAGAGAAAUACAAAAUGAGUUUGACAAAAAGAAAAUUGUAAAAAAAAAAAUUCAUAAGCAAAUCCUAAUAAAAAUUAACCAUAAAAAAUAUUUAAUAUUGUAAAUCUUGGUUUUUAUAAAUAGAUUCAAAAAACUGAAGAGUAGAAAAAAUAAAGUGAAAAAAUUAUCUCUAGCAAAAUAAAUAAAAAUAAUAAAAAGGGAAAGAAUCUAUCAGUUGGCAACGGAAGAUCAUAAUGAAUAAGUUAAAGUAAAGGAUGCAUAUGAUAAAGAGUAUGAUAAAGGUAAGGUAAAGAAAGUAAAAAAGAAAAAAGAAAGAUAAUAAUUAGAUUUUGAUAAAGCAUAUAAAUUAAAAUAUAAUAAAUGAAUUCAAAAGAUGAAUAAUUUAAUGAAGAAAUCUGUGUGAAGAUAAAGACCUUAGAUAAUCACACAUUAGAUAUUCGAAUUAAAUAAAGUCAGACUAUUAGUGAUCUUAAAAAUUUAAUUGAAAUAGUAAGUUAUCACAUAUAGAAGAGGUUUCAACUAUUCCUUCAAUGAGAUAGAGAUUAUUGUUUAAGGGAAAGUAACUUAAUAAUGAGGAUACUUUAAUUUCUUUGAGCAUAGAAGAUUAAUGCGUUGUUCAUUUAGUAGCCAAUAUGCCUGAAUUCGAAUCAUCUCCUUUAAAUAGAGGCUUAUCUACUAGUUCAAUAGAUGAACAUGAUAAUAGAAAUAGCUGUAUGUAUAUAGUAAAUAUGCAGUUGAUGUACAGGAGAGCAGAAGAAACUCUAGAAAAAAGGUUCUUUAAUAGAGAUUACAUGGAUUUUAAUAGCUACCAACUAGAAAUUCACUACAAUAAAAUGUAAUGACAUUACAUAAUCUUUUACAAUCAUUCAAUACAGUGGCUGAAGUCAUUGAACAAGGCCAAAUAUUUGCCCAAAAAGACUUUGAAAUAGGUUAGUGGAUUGAUUUUAAAGAUUCUUAUGGGGAAUGGAUUGAAGGUUAUAUUGGAUAAAAAUAAUAAAGUCAGGUUUAAAUAGUACAUCAAAAUGGAGAAGAAUGGCUAGGAGUUCCAUCAAAUAGAUUAGCAUUAUUUAGAUCUCACACAAUACAAAAGACUUAUCACAUGUCUCCCAUUCUUAAUAAUCAUGAAUAACAAUAAUUAUGGACUUUUAGUGAAUUACUUGGUUAAACAGCUAUGUUAUUAUCGAGGGCAGGAAAUAUGAUGUCUAGAUUAGCAGAUAGCGUGGAAGACAAAUUUAUUCCAUAAAAUAAAAAGGCAGAUAUGUCUAAUCUUAUAACUGGAAUGAUAGAAGAGCAACGAAGAAUAUAAGAGGAAAAGGUUGAAAAAUAAGAUGAUGUUAUAUCUCUUAAAUCUAUGAAAUCCAUGAAAUCAGAUAAGAUUUCUAUUGAUUAUGAAACAUCAUCUAUCAAAUCUAUGAAGUAAUUUUUUGAUCUAUUAAGAUCUGACAUCUCUAAAUUAACUACUUAUUUUAUUGGACAUAAUCAUAAUACAAUGAUGGCUGAAAAUAUUGCAGAAGAAGAAGAAAAUAGUAGUUAAGAUAUGUCUGUAGAUAAUUAAAGAGAUGCUCCAAACAUUUCAAAAGAAUUUAAAGAAAAUUAUGCUUAUUAUGAGACUUCUUUAUUGGCUGCCCAGUUAGCUCCUCUAUCUGAUCGUCUAGGCAGAUUAUUGUAAUAUUUUAUAUCUAUUUAAAUAGAGUUGAUUUAUCCCCGUAUCUAGCUUUGAGUGGAGCCAAUAUUAACAAGUAUCUUUAUCUUAUAUGAAGUAUCUUUCAAAACCAUCCUAAUUCCAAUAUAUCUAAUUUAUCCAUUAUUACUAAUGAAGGCAGUCAAUAUUCCACUUAAGCUAAACAAUAUUAUUUUUAAGUGCCUAUAUUGUUAACUCCUUUUGAAUUGCAUACACAAUCUCAAUAGGCUACAGCAGCUAACAGAAUUGUAGGAGAUAAUGUUGAUAUAUUAAAUCAUCUAAACAAUAAUAAUACAAAUAUAAGAUUAAAAAAAAGCACAAAAAAAGAGGAGGAAGAAAAAUAAUAAUUUGUAACAUUAUCUAAACAUAAACCUACAUAAUCAUAUCAUUAAUCAUACACAUAAUAAUAACAAUAAUAAUAACAAUAACAAUAAUAAUAAUAAUAAUAAUAAUUUCAAUAACAAUAACAAUAAUAUAUUAAGGAAUCUAAUUUUUAAAACAAUGAAUAAGAUGAUCCUUAAAUACUAUAAUAGUAUCAAUCAUAAAAGAAAUAAACAACAGAUGGUUAAAUAAAAAAGAAAAAGAAAGGUAAAGAAGUAUCUUUUUCAGAAUAAAUUAAUUAAUUGAAAAAAGAUAAAUAGUUUUGA